AUAAAUAGAGACUGGGAAAACAGCGAAUCAUGGAACAAUACGGUGAAGAAAAUCAUUAUAAAGGGCAGCACAAUCAGAUGGAGAAAGGGAAUGUCGACCAACUAUUCGAGUAUUGGUUUUGAGAUCGUCGUGAAAGUGAAGUGAUUAGAAUCAUGGCUACUCCAUCUCGAUCUGGAAGAGUGAGAAAACGGCCGUCAAAAUAUGAAGAUUACGAUGACGAUUUUGAAACUACUAAGCCGGGAUCUAGCAAGAAAGCCAAGGCAGAGAAGAUUACCAUAUCGUUGAAAGCCAACAAGAGCGCUGGAGGGGACAGUGACAGUGGAGACUACAGCAUUGUCAAGCGAAUAGCCUCUGACAGUAUGAGUUCAUCGGCAUCCGACUCUGGCCUGUCCGACACACCGCAGACCACGCGGCAGAAAAAGUCUCCUAGCAGCAAAAGUCAGCGGAAGUCUCCUGUCGUUCCAGCUGUAGUUCCAGCUGUCGUUACAGAAACAGUUACAACUCCUGCACAGCUGUCGGUGCCGGUGACCACUCCCAAGGUCCAGCAAAAGCCGGCAAAGCUCAACAAGAGUCCGAGGAAGACGAAACAAACGGUGAAGACCGAGCUCAUUGUCGACACGACCGAUGGCGGAAGAGAGUGUCCGGGCAUCAAGCUGAAGUUGAUUUUGUCGCCUAAGAAUAAAGAACCACAAGUGGAUACUGCGGGCGUGUCUGCUGAUGUUUCUCAUGCUACUGACGUUAUUAUGUCGGUGGCGAAGUCUCCUGCCAAAAAUGUAAAAAAGACACCAAAGCCGAAACAAAGCAAAGACAUUAACCUUGAACAAAAAUCUACAGUUAAGUUAGCUACUCAUGGAAAGGCUCUCAAAAGUAAGGACGAAGAUGCGGAUUCUGGUUCAACUAUGUUACCCGAGAUCGGAGGAGACACUGGUGAGACCAAGAAGUCUACGGGUAAACCAGGAGCACCGAAAAAGAAAAGGUGCAAGACGAAACUGCAGUUUAAAUCUAAAAAACUGCAGUUUAAAGCUAAAAAACUGCAGUUUAAAGCUAAAAAACUGGAGAUUGACGGCAACAAGGAUGCUGACGAUGAGAUCGCGACCGAGGACCAUUUCAUUGCCGACAAUAAGCUGGGAGUACCUGAAUUUGCAGAAGAAGUUAACAUCACAGAAGUUGAGUUGUCUGAACCUCAGCUUGUCAUCAGUGAGGAAUUACAUAAAAAGCCAUUGAAGAAAAAACUCAAGAAGACUGGAACUCUGAAGCAGAAGAAAUUGAAGGGAAAAAUAAAAGCUGACGAUGAAGAUUCAUUUCAGGAUGUGUUGGGAGAGAACUACUCUCGUUACGAGGUGUCACCUGAUGAAGAUGAUGACUCUGAGAACGUAGAUGGGUCCACACACUACGUCAUGCCUCCCCCAAGUAAGACAGUGUCCGAAUUCUUUGCUGAGAAGAGGGCGGCAUCCAAAAAACACAAUUAUAAGAAGAUGAAUGAAGGAAAGGAAGGUAGAGAAGAAUUUGGGAAAAAGAAGAAGAAGAAAAGGCGCCCGAGACCGAUAACUGCAUACAUGCUGUGGGCUCGUGGCGUCAGACCUCGGAUCCAAGCGGAGCAUCCUGACUUUGAUUUUGCAAGUGUGAGUAAGCGGCUUGGAGAAAUCUGGGGUAACUUGCUGGAGAAGGACAAAAUGAAAUGGAGACGGGCAUCGAAGAAGCUAGCCAAGAAGGGAUCUACGCUGAUAAACACAGGACGCAUGCCAGCCCAUCUCCUGCAGACGCCCAUGUCAACGCAUUUCAAAGCCGCAAAGUCUGGCUCCAGUGCGAAGCCCGCAGUGAAAACAGCUGACAAAUAUCAGGAGCUACUUAAGAAUCAGAACAUUCCACCAAAUUUCCGGGUGACGGGUGCCGGCCCACUGGAUGUCGCUGCUCACCUCAGACUACUUGGAGAAUCUCUGGAGAUCGUUGGAAAUCGUCUGACAGAACAUUCGGGGUUGGUCGUGCAGGGGAGCCUGUCUCUGCUGCUAGAUUCGAUGGUGUGUGCACUGGGACCACUGAUGUGUCUCACGAAUCAGGUUCCUGAACUCAAUUCCAUUACCGAAGACAUUCAGCAGGAUAUACUCGACAACAUAGCUUACAUCAUGCCAGGCAUGUGAUCGUUUCUCGGUCAUCAAUGUCCAGAUCUGUGUCUUCACUUGGGGAUUUUAUCCCUUUCUGCCCCCCCCCCCCUUCCAACAGUGGCCUUACGGAAUGUAAAUAAAUUGAAAUUAUUUAAAAAAUGAAAAAAAAUUGGUUUUUAACCAGCGAACCAUGAUCAAUUUCCUGUUAGAGGGCUGUGUAAAGCCAUAUAGCUACGUAUGAUGAAUGUAUUGUUUAUUAAGUAAUGUAAAUAAAUUGUAGUUGUGUUUUACCACUA